AUGCCAGAUGUACGUGAGGUGCCCUACAGUAGUUCUAGCAUUUCAUCCGCACACAAGCCCUGCAAGCCGGGAGGCGAGGGGAGGGUGGUCUCCAAUUGCCUUGGCUCCACGGGAAAGGAGGGGCUGGCACUUGUCACAGUGUCUGCCUACAAGAGUAUGGACUUUGGAGUCAGGGGCCACACUCCCCUCCCACCCCCAGGUCCCAGCCCAUCUGCUACAGUCCGGGACCCAGAGCCGACCCACACCCAGAUUCACAAGGAAAUGAUGUCACGAGAUCCCCACUCCCAGCACUUCAGGAAGGAAGGUGGGUUCCUGCUGGACCUUCCCCCGGAGCCUGAGCGGGACUGGGCAGAGGUAGCAGAGAAGACCAGGACGCAGCUGCCAUCCACGGACCCGGGAGGGCUGGUGGCGCCGGGAGGGCCCAGCCUGGGCACAAGCCGGAGAGCCAGCCAUGCGGCUGAGAGCAUGACCACAAGCUGA